GGGCCACGUCAGUAGCGCUGGGGAGUGAUCGAGCCUGAGCUGAGCCUGACUCAAGCCUGACUCAAACCAUGCAGUGGACGUUUGGAUGCCGACUGCCGCGCACGCACGCAGGACGCUUGGUCAGUAUCGUCCAUCGGCAUACUAAUCCACGCCUCGGAUUCUGCGCGGGACACGGCUCUCAGACCAGCUAUAAUGCUGACCCCCUUGCACAUCCGCAGUCUCUUCCGCGCCCUCCCAGGCAUCAGCCUACCGCUCUCCCAAGCCAAGUCGAGCUCAGACUUCCGCAGGACGAACCGACGCUUCUCGUGCCACAGCCUCUGUGGCCUUGGGGCUCCUGCAGUAUAUAAGAACCUGUCCCGAACGAUCCCAACUUCAAGAAAAGUUGAAGUCCAUCGCCCCCUCACGUCUGCCAUCUCCAGUCCCAAGGCUGGUAAUCCACCAGCACUCGCACCCACACCCACGACACACUAGCUCAACAUGAUGCAAAUGAGUGCCAUCCUCCCAAACUUCGCCGGCUUCACCAUCGCCCGCGGAUGCUUCCACCUUCGCCUCGUCGACAAGAUCGGGUCAGGCGCAUAUGGCGUCGUCUACCUCGCGCAAGACCUUGCGCCAGGCCCGCGCGGGGCGCCCUUCUACGCCGUCAAGUGCCUCCUCCGGCAGCCGGACGGCUCGGAGCUCGCGCGUCAGCAGCAGCGCGAACUCGCGCACCACCGCGCCCUCUCGGACGUCCCUGGGGUCGUCAGCGUGCACGCAGUGAUCGAGGAGGAGUUCUACACCUUCAUCGUCCUUGACUACUGCGCGGGCGGCGACCUCUUUGCCGCGAUCAUGGAACGCGCAACGUACGUGAACAACACCCCCGCCGUCAAGCGCACGCUGCUCCAAAUUGUCGACGCCCUCGCGGCAUGCCAUGAGCGCGGAAUCUACCAUCGCGACCUCAAGCCAGAGAACGUCUUGUGCUCAGCCGACGACGCGCAGGUGUACUUGGCUGACUUUGGGCUGUCGACCCGGAACGAGCGCAGCACGAACUUUGGCUGCGGGUCCUCAUUCUAUAUGAGUCCAGAAUGCUUGGGCAUCUACUCAAAGAAGACCCCCUACCGCACGGCGCCCUGCGACGUUUGGGCGCUCGGUACCAUCUUCUGCAAUCUCAUCACCGGCCGCAACCCAUGGUACAUCGCGUCCCCAGAGGCCGAUCAGGGCUUCCGCCUCUACCUUCGCGAGGGUCCCGCCUGGUUCCAUAAAAAUCUUCCCAUGUCAGUGGGCGCUGCCGAGAUCCUCGGGCGCAUCUUCGAGAUUAACCCGAAGCGCCGCAUUACCCUCCCCGAGCUCCGGAAGGCGAUCGAGGAACUCGACACGUUCUACCCUCAGGCGGCGCCCUCGACCGCCGCCGUCGCGCCUAGCCAGCCCACUGUCGCGGAGCUGUCAGUGCAGGUAGCAGCGGACUCCGUUAACAUGCCGUCACACGCCAGGUCGCAAUCAGCGGCCGCUGCCUCGCCUGUGUCCGAGCGCCCCUCCGACAAGCCCGCGGGCGACGAGCUGCGCCCCCUAACGCUCAGCCUUCCCUCCCCACUCUCCGAAAACUUCCUCUCGCUCUCGCUCUCGCUCUCGGCGGCCGCGACCGCGACAUUCGUCAACACCGACACCACCGCGUCGCACUUCAGCGAGACGCUCGACGAAGUGUGGCCUCCGUCCGCUAGUGCCGGCGCCGCCUCGUCCGAUAUCACCGGCAUGCCUGAAGCAACGAGCGACAGCGGAGAGGAGAGCGGAGAGGAGAGUCCGGGCCCUGUCACCCCCGAGACGCUUGCGCAGGAGACGUCCGGGUCGCCUGUGGUCCCGGAGCUCAGGCUGGACGCGAACUCGCCCAUGGCGGCCUCUGCGUCGCUGCCGCAGGUGGAUCUCAACGUUGCACUAGAGGCUGUGAAGGGCGAGGAGAUGAGCAGGAAGCGGCGGGGGUCGUUAUCGCGGAUCAUGGACGGGAUGAAGCGGAUACGCAAACGGACCCUUGUUUGAGUUUACUGGCAUCGUCGACUGGUGCUGUGCGUUGUCGGCGUGCGUGUUUGUGAUACAGUACUCAUAGGAACAAGAAGUAAUUUGUAGUAGUAUAAUCUCCUGUAGCCAUUAGCAGCUGAUCUGAAUACUGAAGUGUUACUAUG